AUGGCGAGCAGACCGACAAUCAUCAUCAUCCCGGGCGCCUGGCAGCAACCACCAAUAUGGGAAGAGUUCUGCACCGCGCUCAAAGGUGCCAGGUAUCCGACCCAACUUGUUGCACUGCCGUCCGUUGGUGGUGAGGCCUUGCCCCUUGCCGGCCUUACUGAAGAUGUUGCCGCGGUGAGAUCCUACAUCGGCACAUCAGUGGCCCAAGGAGAAGAAAUCAUCCUCGUUUGCCACUGUUCGGGUGCCAUCGUGGGAAGCAACGCAGUGAUUGGGUUCGACCGGCCCAGCCGCGCAGGUUUCGGGCUUGCGGGCGGCGUGAUCCAGAUGGUUUUCCUCGCAGGCUUCAUCGCCUUGCCCGGGAAUUCACUGCUAGACGUGCUCGGCGGGGAGCCCUUGCCCUGGAUGCAUAUUCAGGGAGACAGAGUGACGGGGCUCGCAGAAAUGUUCCCCGGCAUCGCGUUCAACGACCUGUCCAAACAGGACCAGGACCGGUGGGCUGGCCAGAUGACGCAUACAUCGAUAACUCAUUUCUCGGGCAAGACGAACUAUGCCCCCUGGGACCACGGCAUCAACUGUGCCUACAUCUUCUGUCUGGAAGACAAGGUGCUGCCGUACGACAUCCAGCAGAACAUGGCAGACUUGCUUGGGUCCAAGUCGGGGAGGUCAGUCGUCAAGAGCAGCCAUUAUCCCUUUUUGAGCGCCAGUAGCGAGCUCUUGGAAGCGCUGGAGAGCGUGACAAGAGCGGACUCAGCAGUCCCGAGAAGCAUGUCCAUCACCAUCGACAAGAUCCUCGCGGCUGCGCCGGCCACAACCCGAGGCCAACCUACGCAGCUCUCCUGCGAUGCCAAGGGAGAGCGCAUUACUUAUGCCUCAGGCAAAUCCGUCUUCGUAAGGUCCAUCGACAACCCCGCCCAAUGCAAGCAGUACACCGGCCAUACCGCCCAGACGACGGUGGCCAAGUUUGCGCCGAGCGGCUUCUAUAUCGCCAGCGGAGAUGCGUCGGGCAUGGUCCGAGUAUGGGACGCUGUGGAGGCGGUCAACACUAAGGGCGAGUACCACAUCAUAAACGGCCGGAUCAACGACAUCGCCUGGGACGGCGACUCCCAGCGCAUCAUCGCCGUCGGCGACGGCCGCGAGCGCUUCGGCCACUGCAUCACGGCCGACAGCGGCAACAGUGUCGGCGAGGUCAGCGGCCACAGCAAGGUCGUCAACGCAGUCUCCAUCCGCCAGCAGCGACCCCUCCGGGCCGCCACCGUAUCUGACGAUGCCACCAUGUGCUUCCUGCACGGCGCCCCCUUCAAGUUCAACUCCAAGGCCUCCGGCCUGCACAAGGGGUUCGUCUUCGGCUCUGCCUUCUCCCCCGACGGCAGCCUCCUUGUCACCGUCGGCGCCGACAAGCGGAUACAGCUGUACGAUGGCAAGACUGGCGAGCCGACGAAGGAGAUUGGCGAGGGCGAGCAUACCGGCAGCAUAUUUGCCGUCAGCUGGGCGAAGGACUCGAAGCGGUUCGUCACGGCAAGCGCAGACCAGACGGUCAAGAUUUGGGACGUCGAGUCCGGCAAGGUUGUGCAGUCCUGGCGGCUCGGCGAAGAGGGCAGCGUCAGCAUCCCUGACCAGCAGGUUGGCGUGGUCUGGCCCCACGGCCGCAGCGACGGCCUGAUCAUCAGCGUGAACCUCAACGGCGACCUCAGCUACUUGGUGGAGGGCAGUGAUAAGCCCGUCAAGAUUGUCCAGGGUCACAACAAGAGCGUCACAUCUCUGGCCGCCGGCUCAGACGGCAAGGGCAACAGCAUAUGGACUGGCAGCUUCGACGGCCGGGUCUGCCACUGGGACGUCGGCAGCGGCAUCGGCUCCGUCGUCGACGGCCAGAGCCACACCAACCAGGUCACGCAGUUUGCAGCCUCCUCGGGCCGCACGUACAGCGUCGCUUGGGAUGACACCCUGCGCAUCAUCGACGAGUCAGCCGCGACUUUCGCCGGCUCAUCGCUCAAACUCACCGCCCAGCCCAAGGGCAUAGCUUCCACCCAGGAUGGCCGCGUCUUCGUCGCCCUCGCAGACGGCGUUGCAGUCUACGUCAAGGACCAGCUCGCCUCCGAGCUCAAGACCUCCUAUACCCCGACCUCCAUCGCCGCGUCGUCUUCCUACGUCGCCGUCGGCGGCGACGACAACGCGGUGCACGUCUACAAGGCCGACCCGUCGAGCCACAAGCUGUCCGAGGCGCAUACGAUCAGCAAGUCGACGGCGCAGAUCUCAGCGCUGGCCUUCUCGCGCGACGGCGCCCACCUCGCGGCCGGCAACUCGUCGGGCAAGAUCUACGUGUUCAAGGCGGGCGGUGGCGACUGGCCGCUCGCGACGGACCGGUGGUCGGCGCACACGGCGCGCGUGACGAGCAUCGCGUGGAACGAGGCCGGCACGCACGCCGUCUCGGGCGGCCUGGACACCAACGUCUUCGUCUGGAGCCUGGCCAAGCCCGGCAGCCGCGUCAAGGCGCUCAACGCGCACAAGGACGGCGUCAACGGCGUGGCGUGGGUCGAGGGCGGGAGCAAGGUCGCGAGCAGCGGCGGCGACGCGGCGGUCAAGGUCUGGAGUGUCAGUGGGCUGCAGUAG